AUGCUCCCGGGCCGGUCCAGCCACCGGGAAAGGAAGGAGACCCAAGGACGAGGCGCCCUCCACAAGGUCGGCCCGACCCCGCCUCACCCCCGGACCCACCUGGAGCCGCGCUCGGCGGCCCCCGCGGACCCCGAGGGCAGAAAGCGGGGGGACCCCGACCCUGCCUCCCCCGCCCCGGCCCCAGCCCCCCCGCCGCCGGCGGAGGCGGAGCGCCGGGGCCGUGCUGCAGCGCCCGCCGCAUCGCCGCCCCCCGGCCCCGCACUCACACCAGCUGCCCCCGGUGCGGCCCAGCAGCUCCUUCUUCUCCGAGUUCCAGAUGAAUUUCUUCCAGUUGCCGUCACCGUCCUUGGCCUUCCCGCGGGCCAUGGCGAGCGGCGGGGUGGGCGAGCGGCGUGCGGAGACCUAGAGCCCCGGGCGGGCGGAGCGGGCAGGAGCCGGCCGGGCGGAGCGGCCCCGGAAGGUGCGGGUGGGUGCGCCCGCCCCGGCGGCGCCGGCCCGGCGGGGCAGAGCGGGGGAGCGGCCGGGGGGACGCGGGAGCGGCGGGGGAGCGCGGCGGAGCGCACGGGGCACGGAGCAGCCGCGCUCCCCGCGCGGCGCCCCUUCAUAUACAGCGCGGGCUCCGCCCCGGCCGCGCCGCCGCCAAUGCGGGCCGGGGAGCGCUGCGGGGCGGGGCGGGGCGGGCGGGGGCGCGCCGGCGGCGGUAGCGCCAGGGAGGGAGGGGGCGGGGGGCUGCGGCACCGGCACCGGCACCGGCACCGGCACCCGAGGGUUGGGUUGGGUCGGUGUGGGCUGCCCGCUGCUCGGCGGGGCUCAGACCCGCCGGGCCGGGCAGGUGCGUGCGUGUGCCCGCCCGCGGGGGCGCGCGUCCUUUGCCCGGCCGCAGCUGCGGGCGCGCCGUGCGCGAUCCCGCACACCUGUGCGCGCGCCGGCCCGCACACGUGCCCGCCCGUUCCCGGUAUUCUCGGUAUUCCCGCCCCGCCCGCUCCCCCCAGCAGAGACGAUCGGCCGGGCGCUGCUGAGCGCGGUCCCUCCCCUGCUCCUGCCCCUGGCGCCCCGGCGGGCUCCCCUGUAACGCGGCUGCGGAAUAAUGAGCGCGAACCGCGCUCCCGUCCCGGCCCCGCGCCCCGGGGGACGGCAGGUCCCGCUUCCCCCGGGGAGCCCCUGCCCGCCCCUCUGGCGGGAGGGACGGGACUCACACACGCUACCGCCGCCACCGCCCUUGCGAGGUGACCUUCAGGGCGCUGCUCAAGCGCCGCUGCCGCCUCGGGGUCGGGGGACACCCGGCAGCCGGCAGCGCACCCCUGGCCAGGCCGACUGGGGCUGGGGGUUCUCUGCAGGGACACCUCUGUGAUCACAGGUCUGGAAUCACGAGGAAUGCACAUAACAUGAGCUUUUCCACGGUGCUACGCAGCAGGUGCACAUUCUGGUGGUUCCCUGCAAGAAUGACCUAGCCUGGAAUCAAGGAAUGCCCAAACUCAAUAUGCUCUUCUCAGGUCUCAAGAAGAAGUGGUCUGGCCACCAUCAUCAAAUACCCUUCCUAAGUCAUUAAAGCUAUCAUUUAGGGG